AUGCAAGGUCGAGUAGGUGACGGACCUCGAGGAGCCGGUGCUUGUUUCGUUGGUGGGUUUCUGUCCGUUCCGGCGCCGACAUCCCGUCACUCGUUUCGUUACUCUGGCGAUAUACCCCCUCCUUCUGGGCAGACGCAACCGGAGAGUGGCAGUGAGGAGGAGGAUGAGGAUGAGGAGGAGGAGGAGGAGGAGGAGGAGGAGGAGGAGGAGGAGGAGGAGGAGGAGGAGGGUGAGGACGAGGAGGAUGAUGACGAGGAGGGGAGCGGUGAUGACAACAACGAGAUGGAUGCGUUGGAGCCAGAGGAGGUUGAGGAGGGGGUGGGAGAGGGUGGUGGAGGGGUAGCGAGCCCGGCGGCUUCACAGCAUGUGGGUGAAGGAGGUGGGAGCGUGGGGGUUAAGGUGGGGAGAAGGAGAGCGUCCGUUGAGUUGCCGAAGCGGAGGAAGAGGGCUUCCAAGUAG